AUGUAUCUUCCAAUUAAAGUCAGGGAAAAAGAUCGAGCUGACCAACACCUCCUUUAUCGUGGAGCUGACUGUCACCGCGAGCCUGAUGAAUAUCAAAUGACGUGUUUUAUUUUCGGCUCGAAAUCCUCGCUGUGUAGCGCGCUCUACGUAAAAAAUAAAAACGUCGAGCAAUAUGCGACGGUCAAGCCCGAGGCAGCGAAAAGUCUAGUGCGAAACUAUUAUAUGGACGAUUACUUAACGAGCGGUAAAAGUGUCGCUGCCAUGCGUAAAUUAGUGAACGAUGUCAUCUUUAUCAACAAAGAAGCGAAUUUCGAAAUGCAUGGAUUGGCUUCGAACGUCCCGGAGAUCGUGCGAGACGUGAGAAAAGAAAAUCUGCUAUGUAAAAACGAGAAAGCUAGCCUAUGCGAGGAAGAAGACAGAGUUUUAGGUUUGUUUUGGGAUCGCGAGAACGACUGUCUGCGUUUUCAUGUAGGCAUUAAAAAGCUUCGCGAUGAUUUAUUGACCGGCGCAACGGAACCUACUAAAAGGGAGUUCUGCAGUAUAGUGAUGUCCGUGUACGAUCCACUCGGUAUUCUGUCACCAUUUAGUAUUAAUGCCAAAAUAAUGCUGCAACAUAUCUGGCGCAGCGGCGUAGCUUGGGACGCGAAAAUUAGAGACGAAAAAUUUCAAACGUGGAAAGCGUGGUUACAGAACGGGCUUGAAAUGACAAAAUGCGAAAUCUCGCGAUGUUUUAUACCAAUGGGCGUUGAUUACGCGCGCACAGAGUUACACGUGUUCUGUGAUGCAAGCUUGCAAGCCUAUGCCGCUGUAGCAUACCUUCGAACCACAUCUCCCGACGGCAAAGUUUAUUUAUCGCUUGUGAUGGCGAAAACGAGAGUGGCACCGGUAAAGUCCACAACAAUACCACGCUUAGAACUUCAAGCCGCUGUCCUUGGCACAAGACUAGCUGCAAAUAUUUCAAAAGAAUUAGAUAUUAAAAUAAACAAUGUCGUGUUUUGGUCUGACUCGUCUACAGUACUGCAGUGGAUUCACGUCGGGCCUCAUUUGAAAUUGACGUACGUUAAGAACCGUUUAGGCGAGAUAGCGGAAAUAACACAGGUUUCGCAGUGGCGAUGGGACCGCGGUCCCCCUAGUUCGUGGCCUGAAGAGCGAAAACUCAAAGCGGAUGAAUUGGUGCAAAUAAAUGAAUUAGAAACGCGAAAAGACUUCAUCGGUACUUCAAUAGCUAAUAUAGUGUCAACACCGUUAACCGUGAAAUUACUUGGUUGGCGCGGGCUUCUAGUCGUAGCAACUCGAGUACGAAACUGCGUGAAUAAAUGGAGCCGUUGCAGGUCGAAAAAUAAAAGUGAACAGCCAUCUCUUCGCCCGCAAUCACAAGCAACAUUAGCCGAAGUAAGGCCCGAAGCCAUGCGAUUCUGGUAUAGAGAGAUCCAACGUGCAUGCUUUGCAGAAGAGAUCGACGCGCUAAACCGACAAAAGGAAUUCCGCAAAGGUAGCAAGUUAAUAAAUUUACGCCCAUUCAUCGAUAAAAACGGGAUCCUUAGAGCAGAGAGUCGCGUACAGGGAGCAGAGCUUAGUUAUAAUCCAAUUAUUCUCGAUGCGCGUCAUUUUGCCACUAAGUUAUUAAUUGAUUCGUAUCAUAAGCGAUUUUUUCACGCAAACAACGAGACAAUAGUUAAUGAAUUGAGGCAAGAGUUUUUUAUCGUCGGGCUCAGACGCAGAUUACGUACGCUAGCGCGAGAUUGUUUAACCUGCAAAUUACGUCGAGCGCAACCUCAAAAUCCACCAAUGGCUAACUUGCCUAAAUGUCGCGUAGCAUACAACCUUCGACCUUUUACUCACUGCGGAAUAGAUUAUUUCGGGCCGAUGAUUGUCAAAAUAGGGCGCCGGUGCGAGAAACGCUGGGGCGUACUUUUCACGUGCAUGACGAUUCGUGCGAUUUACCUAGAAAUAGCAAAUAGUCUGACUGCAAGCUCCGCAAUAAUGUCUAUACAGCGAUUUGCGAAUAGGAGGAAGUUUCCGCGAAUGAUGUAUAGCGAUAACGGGACAAAUUUUACGAAAGCCAGCAAGGAGCUGAAAGACGCGGUUAGUGGUAUAGAUACCGAGAGACAGCGGCGAUUUGCCGAAGAGAAAGGCUUCGAAUGGCGCUUUAAUCCACCCGAUGCUACUUAUAUGGGGAGAGCCUGGGAGCGGCGGAUUCGAUCAGUCAAAGUAGCGUUAGACCACGCGCUGAAGGGUGAAGUGCCCACCGAGGAAGUUUUAAGCACGUUACUCGUAGAAAUCGAACAUAUGGUGAACUCGCGACCGCUUACGCACGUUUCCGUGAACCCAAAUAACGAGGAAGCGCUCACGCCAAAUCAUUUUUUGAUCGGAUCUUCGCCAGGGCACCUAAGAUUAGAGCGAUACGAAGCCGAAAUCAAAGCUCCAACCUUCGCCUUCACCUUUGAAGUACCUCUAUUUAACGUCACUUGUAAGUCCAUUAAAACAAGGUCAAAACCUGCUUUAGUAAAACCAACUGUGACUCAUUUGCCUCUCCACAAAGAAAUUUAA